CGUUGUUGCCGGAAAUGACUUGCACUCUCGCUUCCGGUGGGAUCCGCAACGGUUUCGGGUGGCCGCGCAAGUCAGGAGAAGGGGGUCUCUGUCUUUAGGUCGGAUGCGACGAGAGAAUGGAGCUUUGGCCUCCACGUUCUCGUGAUAUACCCUCGGGGCGGGAGGAAGACGUUCCUCAGCCCAACCCACAGACUUAUAAUGAUGGAAUUGAACUGGCUUGCCAACAGCAAAAAGAAUUUGUAAAGAGUUCUGUAGAAUGCAAAUGGAAUUUAGCAGAAGCCCAGCAAAAACUUGGAAGUUUAGCAUUACACAAUUCAGAAUCCCUGGAUCAAGAACAUGCCAAAGCACAAACAGAAAUUGAUGAAUUGAGAUGGAGAGAAGAAGAAUGGCGGCGGAAGGAGGAAGUAUUAAGACAGAAGGAGAGACAGGAUUUAUGGAAUACAGAUUUUGUUAGCAAAGAGGUAUUUAACAAGAGUUUCAUUAAUCAAAAAAAAAGGAAAGAAAGUGAAGAUGAUGCAUCUAAAUCAUUUAUGCAAAAGCACGAGCAGAAAAUUAGACAUUUUGGAAUGUUGAGCAGAUGGUUUGAUAGUCAGAGGUUUCUCUCUGAUCACCCAUACCUUGUCUGUGAAGAAACAGCAAAAUAUCUCCUUUUAUGGUGUUUUCAUCUAGAAGCAGAACAGAAAGGAGCUCUGAUGGAACAAGUAGCUCAUCAAGCUGUGGUAAUGCAGUUCAUUAUAGAAAUGGCCAAGAGCUGUAAUGUGGAUCCCCGAGGAUGUUUUCGGCUAUUUUUCCAAAGAGCCAAAACAGGGGAUGAAGGCUAUUUGGAAGCUUUUAAAAAUGAACUUGAAGCAUUCAAAUCAAGAGUGAGGAUUUGUUCACAGCCUCAAAAUUGUCAAGCUAUGCCUGUUCAGAAUCCUUUAUUUCACACUGAUCUGAAUUGUAUAGGAGGGCUUGCGUCUCAGAAUGCAGAGUCACUUCAAGGCUGCAGUUUGCAGGGUUUAGUGGUACACAGAGAGGAGGAAGAACCUAAAAUGAUGGAUACAGUAUAGUACUCUUAAGACUGAAGCCAAGUACACUUCUUUCAAAGAGAAGAAUAUGGCAAUUUUCUUAAGACUUCUUUUCAUGGGUGCUGCACUUUAUUUUGAAUGGGGUUUUUGUUUUGUUUUGUUUUGUUUUAGGGUUUGUUUGUUUGUUUUUGGAGAGAGGUUAAUGCAGAAACACAUGUCAUUUUGUUUCAAAAAAUGUGCUGCUAUCUUUCUUUCUAUGUUUCUUACUUUUAAGAAAGGGAUGUUCUUGUAUUUUGAUGAAUGUGGAACUAUGUUUUCUGCUGUUACUAAAAUCUUGCCUUUUAAUUUGAGAAAUCAAAGUAUGGGAAAUCUGCACAGUUGCAAUGUUUACAAUUGAUUCUUUCAGGAAUCUGCUUUAAUCUUAUUAGAUACUACCCAAGAGUUGCUCUGGAUACUAAAGAUCAUUGUAAAGUGUUCUGUUGCUUGUAUACUAGGCAUUCAAAUCUGAUUUUAUCACAAAUAGCAAUAAAUCAGUGAUUGCUAUCAGUGUUGCAUAUCAGGAUGGCUCAGAAAAAAGCACUAGCCAUUUAUACUAUGGGGAUGGUUUUUACUGUUUUUGAACAAGAGCCUUCUGUAUUUUAUUUUGAUUCUUACACAUCUUGAUAUGUAAGUGACCAUAAUUGCCUAGAAUGGAAUUAUAAGAUACAUUCACAUAUGUCACAAAAAAAUUAACUUUUCUUAAGUCUUGGAAAAGAGAACUACAUGACAAACGUCAGCCACGGCUGAGUGUUUCAGAUCAGGUGCCAAAUUCUGAUUAAAUUUCUUUUUUUGGUUAGAUAUUACAAACAUCAGUUUACAGUCUUUUAUUUGGUAGACUGUUGAAUGCCUCAGAAGAAAUAAUCAGUGACCAUUUUAAAACCAAAACAACCCAAAUAGCCAAGAAAUUGCUUUGGUACAGACUUGGUUCUAAAAUGUUGUCAUUGUGGACCAAACUCUGUAAUCUUUUUCUUAUAAAUUGUUUAUGAAGCCCAAAAUACAGAAAAACAUUUUUCUGCCGUCCUAUUCAGUUGUCGCUGCUUCUACAUUAAUCACCCUUGAUGUAUCCAUAUGUUAAAAUACAACUGUUGUAAAUGCUUUCAGUACAUAAUUACAUUCAGUGAGUUUCAGUCCUGAAGCAUCUGAGUUCUAGAUUAAGGAAGGAACUGUAGAUUCUAUCCAAAAUGCCAUUAAGUUCGCUUGAUCGGCUCCUUUGUUGUUAUUUUAUGUUGUGAGCAGGGCAAAGCAUAUUUACCCAUGAUAAAAUCCCUAAGAAACAAUAUUGACAUGCAAGGUAGAGUGGCACAUGUGCAAUCAGGGCUUUCUUACUUUCUUACCAUUCUAGGAAAAUUCUCUCCUUUCAACAGAACAUUGGCAGUGGAAGCUAUUGAGGUCAAAAUAACUGAGUCUCAAGUCAUUCACACAGUCUUCCCAGAAUUGACAAAGUUUCUUUGGAUCAUAGUCUUUGUGUAGAAUGUAAUUUAAUGUUAGUUUUCUGACUAAAGAAAGCCAUAAUCUCUUUGGGUCUCUUUUAGUACUGUGACCUAACAUUUAUAGUUAAAAAGAACAGGGGAUGCUUUUUUCUUUAAUCGCCGUGUGAAGGCCAGUCUGUCACUCUGGAUGUUCCCAAGGAUAACUUCAAAUAGUGAUGUGUUAAUAAGAGUAAAUCAUGAUUAGUUAUUUCACAUUUGUGCAAAUCUAAUCCAGAAAGGAAGGUAAUCAAAAUGAGAUUCUGGACUGCUUUUAAAAUAAUGUUCAAUGUUUGAUUGAGAAGAUAGUUUUAUGCAUUGGCAACUCCCUUGAUUAACCUAGUGUAUAUUAAAUAAACUUCUUAAUUUUUAGGCCUCAGGAUCCAUGAAUAAUUUGUUUAAGUGUAGCAAGGGAAUAGCCAUGCUAGAAUUGGCUGAUUAGCAACCAGUGAUGUGUGACUUGGGUCUUGCUUAUUUUAAUUAUGAUGAAGUCUGGAUUUAACAAAUUGGUUCAGAUGGCGAGAUCAGAUAGGCCCUGAUAAUACUAACUGUAUAGCAUAAUGAAUCUUAUUUGCAAGAGACUAAAUACUGAAAAUCCCAUUUAAGAGCCUAAUUUACGGAGAAGCUAUAUAUUACGACUUAAUCAGAUUUUUUUUUUUUUUUUGGCUGAGAUGAUAAUUUGUGAUUCUGAUCUGUCACUGAUUGAGGAAGGAUGGUUGAUUAUGCUCACAGAAUAAUGGAAUAGAGGAAAUAAGUCUGAGGAGUUGAAAGUUGAAUUGAAGCAUCACUUCUCUUUUUAAGUUCAGUAAGUAAUGUUUUUGAAUGCUUGCUUACAUUGUAACAAGAUACAGUAAUAUGCUUUCUUAGAGAUUGCCUUUUAUACUUUUCAAAUUUGUGGCCUCUCUUCUUUCUGUAUUUCUAGGUACUUUUGCAUGGUCGUGUUUUAAGUCUGAGAGAGUAGAAAAAUGUGGUUGGGAUAAAGACUGGAGUUCUUUUCAGUUAGGUCUGCUCGCAGGCAAAUUAAUUUAUAGGCAAAGUGAUUUGAAGUGAGUAGGGAAAAAAACCCAAGUAAUUCAAGCAAAAUUAGCUAUUCCGGGAAGAUGCUGCUACUUUGAGUUUCUUCUGAAACUUGAAUAUAACAGUUAGGGAUAGUGAAACAAAAUUGACCAGUUUAUUUCUUUCCAAAAAAAAACCUUCACUGGAGCAUGGGGUCAUUCUGUUGGAAUUCUUCCCUAAAUAGUCUUAAAGCAGAUAUAGCUUUUAGAAGGUUCUUUCCUCUCCAACUGUUUUAAUGGUAUUCUUUUGGAAUCUAGCAAUUCUCAUAAUCAAAACAUUGAUUUCUAGCCUAACAUGCUGAAUGCUAUAAAUCAUAAAUAAAUUUUCUUGCAUUAAU